CCAGGGCGAGGGCUGAGGUGCCAACCCUGCCCUCCCGCCGAGGGGCUCCGUGUGGACGAGGGCAGGGCCCGGCUGCUCGCCGCCUCCCCGCUGUCCUCCGGCUCCGCUGCAGCUUCCCCGGGGCCCACAUGGCCGCCGCCGCGAGCAGCCUGGCGGACGAGGUCAGCUGCCCCAUCUGCCGGGCCGCCCUGCGGCAGCCGGUCACCAUCGACUGCGGCCACAACUUCUGCCGCGACUGCCUGGUGCGCUACUGCGAGACGCCGGGCCCCGAGCCCGCUGAGCCGCUCGCCUGCCCGCUCUGCCGGGAGCCCUUCCACCGCGGGAGCCUAAGGCCCAACUGGCAGCUGGCCGGCGUGGUGGAGAGCAUCGAGCGCCUGCAGCGGGGGCCCUCGCCGGGCCCCGGGGCGCAGGGCGGCUGCCCCGAGCACGGGGAGAAGCUCUACUUCUUCUGCGAGGACGACGAGGCGCAGCUGUGCGUGCUGUGCCGCGAGGCCGGGGCGCACAGCGCCCACACCGUGCGCUUCCUGGAGCAGGCGGCAGCGCCCUACAGGGAACAAAUACAGAAGUGUCUUGUGAGUCUAAGAAAAGAGAGAGACGAGAUUCAAGAGAUCCAGUCAAGAGAAAAUAAAAGGAUACAGGUCCUGCUGGCUCAGGUGGCCACCAGGAGACAGCAGGUGAUUUCCGAGUUUGCACAUCUGAGCCGUUUUCUGGAGGAACAGCAGAGCAUCCUUCUGUCACAACUAGAAGAGCUGGACGGGGACAUCCUGAGCCAACAGGAAGAGUUCGGUCACCUGGUCGCCGGGGAGAUCUGCCGGUUUAGAGCCCUGAUUGAAGAGCUGGAGGAGAAGAGCCACAGGCCAGCCAGGGAGCUCCUGACGGGUAUCAGGAGCACCCUAAUAAGGUGUGAAACCAGAAAGUGCCGCAAACCAGAGGCCGUGUCCCCAGAGCUGGGCCAGCAGAUCCGGGACUUCCCCAGGCGGGCCCUCCCGCUGCAGAGAGAGGUGAAGAUGUUCCUGGAAAAACUCUGCUUUGAAUUGGACUAUGAGCCAGCUCACAUCUCUCUGGACCCCCAGACUUCCCACCCCAAGCUCCUGCUGUCUGAGGACCACCAGCGGGCUCAGUUCUCCUACAAAUGGCAAACUUCACCGGACAGCCCCCAGCGCUUUGACCGGGCCACCUGCGUGCUGGGCCUUCGUGGCUUCACUGGCGGGCGACACACGUGGGUGGUGAGCGUGGACCUGGCCCACGGAGGCAGCUGCACCGUGGGGGUGGUGAACGGGGAUGUGCGGCGGAAGGGGGAGCUGCGCCUGCGGCCGGAGGAUGGGGUGUGGGCCGUGCGGCUGGCCUGGGGCUUUGUGUCUGCCCUGGGCUCCUUCCCCACCCGCCUAGCCCUGGAGGAGCAGCCCAGGCGGCUGCGGGUGUCCCUGGACUACGAGGUGGGCUGGGUGACCUUCUGCAACGCUGCCACCCAGGAGCACGUCCACACCUUCACGGCUUCCUUCACUCAGGAGCUCUUUCCCUUCUUCGGGGUCUGGGGCCGAGGGUCUGGCUUCUCCCUGAGCUACUGAGCGCGCAGGUACAAGACAGGCCUCUGCCUUGCGCGCCGGGCCCCUCGGAAGACUUGGAACAGAAAUGGCUGCUGUAGACAAUGUGGUGGCUUCGGCUGCUAAGGGACAGGGUGGCAUCACCUUCGGCCCAUGGGUCAGCCCGUCUCCAGUGCCCAGUGGAAGCCAAGGCAUCUGGAGGACCAGCUGUCCUGGCUUUCCUGGUCCUGUCCCCACAGACAGAAGAGCACUGGGCUCUGGGUGAAGCCUUGUGCUGACCAACUAUGGUUAUGAGCAAGAAACAUCACCUCUCUGUCUUUUCUUUGGAUAAUACUCGGGUCCAUUUAUUUAUAUCCUCAAGAGCAAUUCACUGUGUGCUAAUGGUGAACCGAGCUGUGUGGCAGCCACUGGCGGUUUGAAAUAAUAAAAAGAACAAAGCUUGCGCUGUGUCUGCGUUGCUCUGGGAAGACAUGGACUCAGAGGACGAUCGGCUGCGGUGUGGUAGCUGCAGUGGCGGCUGUCCACCCUGGGCAGUGUGGACACUCGGAGGAGGCCCUGUCCGGAGGGAGAGGCUCGGUGCUCGGGAUGCGGGGGUGAGAGGGGAGGAAGAGAAGCCCCUCAGCAGGCGGCACAACAGAACGGGGUGGAUGCCGUGUGGCCCCCGGGCUCUGGGCCAUCGGUCCUGUGCGGAGACACUCGCCAGGCACUGCCCUUCCUCCUGACCCUGUCUCGUCAGCUGAGACAGACGCAGGGCCUUGGGACAGUGCAGCGGGAGGUGUGGCCCCGAGCUGCACUCAGCCCUGGGGGAAGCCACCUUCCUGAGCAGCUGACGGCAAGACAGGAGUUGACGGAAGGGAAGGGACGGGCGCAGGGAGCUCGGGCACAGAUGGCAGCCCCUGCUCCCUGCGCUGGGCGAAAGCAGAUGGAGGCCAGGCAGGAACGCAGAGACCUGUGCUCUUCCGUCCAGAGUCGGGGCUACUCUGGGACCAGAGGAAAAGUGACGUGGGUUGGAUGGGGAAGGGGAAGACAGGACGGGGUGAGCAGACGGGCCGCAGGCCGCACUGGGGGAGGCCUGGUCCCCGGGUCGGGGUCACUGGUUCUAGGACAUUCACAGGCACCGACAGGUUGUUG